AUGAAGCUGUCAAAAAGAUACAAGGAUUCUAAUAGUCAGGAUGUUGAGGAGAGUAGUCGUCGUGGACAGUUUGACGGAGGCGGGGGUGGUGAAGGCGACGGGGGCGGUGGUGGAGGAGACGGAGGUGGUGGUGACGAGGGUGGUGGAGGGGGUGGUGAAGGCGAUGGUGGUGGUGGCGAUGGGGGUGGUGGAGGGAAUGGGCAUGGGAAUGGUCGGCAUGGGUGUGGGAAUGGUGGGCAUGGGAAUGGUCGGCAUGGGAAUGGGAAUGGGAAUGGGAAUGGGAAUUUAGGAUGA